AGAACUUGUCCUGUCAAACUGACCAAUCAGAGGUGCCGCAGGAAAUUUAAAACGGCUUUACCAGGGAAUUGUUAAAAAGUUAUUUUCUUAACUUUACUCAGGUGACUGUUUCCUGCCUGACUGACCCAGGUGCAGUGAUGGAGGAGUGUUCGUCAGUAAAUCAUAGUGAGAUAGAUAAGGAAAUGGAGGCGUGUACUCACAAGGACGACGGAGGCAAUCAGCAGAGUGCCUACUGCAAAAAUCUUCUGAUGAGCGGAGGAGAGGAGAUGAGCUUUGAGGAGUUGAGAGCUGAAAGUUACAACCAGGGGAAGCAGAGGGAGAUGGAGGAAAAGCUGAGACGACUAAAGCAGGAAAAAGAGCAGCUGAGUCAGGAGCUGGAGGCGAAGAGGCUCUUACUGCUGGGGAGGAGUCAACAACUCAGUCAUCACAGAGGGACUACGCUGGAUACUGACUCCUCUCAGGUCAAGGUCCCAGGUCCACCUACUGCUGCUGCCUCCUUUCACAUAUAUGUUGACAGUCAGUCUGCUGCUGCAAAGCCUGCUGGCAGGAACAGUGAGGCGUCACCAUUCGAGCUUCCAGACGACGUCUUCAUGCAUCCUGAUGAGAGAGGGCUGUCCGUGAAGAUCCAGUUUCCUCCACGGCCAGGCUCUGUGGUCCAAGUCGGAACCCAGAACACAAACCCGGAUUCUGCUGCACAGAACAGAACCUUUAACGGUCAGCCAGGGGAGGCCUCCAAGGACCUCCAGGCUCAGCUGGACCCUCACCCCCAGACCCUCUCCCAAAGUUCUGUCACCAAAACCAGAGACCAGUUGAGUCCAAUAGAGGAGACCAAUGUGGAGGCUGGAUCCUUGAGCUCGCUGGGAGAAGUCUCUGCUGAAAACCACAGCUCAAUGGAACAGCACCAGCAGGACCAGGACCAGAUCCAGGACCAAGAUGAGAUGGAUCAGUCAGCCUCAUCUCUUGACUGCUGUGAUCCGCACGUUCGCCGACGACUGUUGCAGCUUUGUGAUGUCACUUCCUCUUCAGACUUGCACUCAGAGCCCCGCCCUCUUCCUGCUGUAGAGGAACGCAGCUUUCUCCGUCUAGGGGGACAUGUGUUUCAUAUCCUCUCCAGAGUUGUGGAUGGAAGCAGUUUCUCCAUCUUUAAAGGCUCUACAGACGACGACUCAAAAGACGUCCUCAUCAAGGUGGACAGCUGCACCGUCCCCUGGGAUUUUCACCAGUUUACGCAUCUGAAGAAGAACUCACCAGCUGCUGAGGGACUUCCUCUGAUCAGCUGUUUCCUGUAUGAAGACGGUUGCAUCACUGUCUACACCACGCCACCGGAUCACAUGUUCACCGAGCUGACCCAGAGCAUCGCUGGUGACCUAGCGGUUGCUGUAAAAGCCCUCGGCCUGCUGCAGCUGGUGUCUCAGCUGCACUCCUGCAGGCUGCUGCACGGCGCGCUGCAUCCCAGCAUCCUCAGCCGGUGUCACACAGGCUUCCUGGACCCCGACUUUGUCUUCGCGAUGGAUUGGUCAUCCUCAGUGAACCUGGACCUCCAGCAGGACAUCACGUCGGUCCAGCAGCUGCCGUCAGCUGAGACCUAUAUCAGUCUGGGUCUUCUGGCGCCAACUGACCCUCCACACCUGGUGGACCUGCUGGGCGUGGCCGAAACUGUCCACAUCCUGUUGACCAACAGCAUGAUGGUUCCAGUGAAAGAUGGCGGCCGCUGGACGGUGGAGCGGUUCAGAGAAGAUGAACCCUGGAUGCGGACAACGUUUUUCCAGUCGCUGCUGAACGCUGGGGAUCGCUCAUCUCUGUGCAUCCUGUCAGAGCUGAAGAAGCAACUAUCUUCACUUUUCUACUAAACAGUCAGGAACUCAUUCUGCUCGUCUUUGUCCUUAUAUAUGUGUUUACAAACUAAAUAAAGAACACUAUGUUU